AUGUUCAUGCUGCGGAACGAGCGUGUUGGAUCCGCGCUGGGUGCAUUCGCUGACAGUAUCCACUGCUGGUACCCAGUUCUCUCCUUCGAGUUUCCCACAAACUUCUUCAGCUUCCUCAGUGGGCAUGUCUCCAGCCUAGUGGACACAUGUCUUGCCGUGUUGGCCCUGGCCAUUGGCUCACUGGCCGAGAAGGGGAACAUCGCUGAGGCUUUGCAUGAGAGGCCAGAUGCGCCGUAUUAUGAUGAAGCCGCUGGGAUGUUGCAAGACGUUCUCUGUGACUACACUAUUUACUCCAUGUGUCGCCUAAAACCAUGCCAGGCCCACGACUACAUCCUCAUGGCGUCUUUCAAGGCACAAAACAUGCUCAAGAGCCGCACCUUCUCGGAUGACAACUCCCGGUCUGAGUCUCUCCAGCGUGCGUACUGGGCUGUUCUCCUCAUAGAAAGUGAGCUGGCUGUCCAGCUGGACCUGGCCGAAAGUGGAAUAUGGAAGUAUGACGAUAAUGUCCCACUACCAGCUGGAGACCACAUCUGGCAACAUCCAAGAGAAACCAACUUGUCUCCAGACUCAGGCAUGGACCAUCUAUCGCCCCAGGAUUCAUCAGACUUGACGCGAUCGUACUUCAUGGCCGAGAUAGCCAUGCGGAGGAUGCUCCAGCGCUGCACAACCUCCGCGAGCAAGUCGGCCGGCGGGCACCUCCGGUACGCGCCGCUGGUAGCUGCCGAGCUCGAGCUUUAG